AUGGCAGACACCAGUGAACCUGAGCAGAGCUGCUGGGCUCACCUACCUGAUGUCUGUCUGAGGCACGUCUUCCAUUGGUUAGAUGACAGGGACAGAUCUCGGGCUGCCUUGAUCUGUAAAAACUGGAGUCAGGCCAUGUACUCGGGAUGCCUCUGGAGAAGCAGAACCAUCACGUUCUAUGGCCGACCAUCAAGGACACGCACAUUGGAGCUGCAAAGUGCACUGUGGUAUGUCAAGAAAUUUGGCAAGUAUUUGGAGCGCCUUGAGAUCAAGGUACGGAAGCCCUCCAAUACAGCCUUCACCCAAAAAUUUCAAGUGACUAUGCAAGAUCUUCUUGAACACCUGGGGAGGUGUAGCAGUCGCCUCGUAUCCCUGAGCAUCAAGUACCUGGCAUUAGACCGCUUCAUCUGGAAAAAUGCGGUUAGGGCUCAGUUUAUCAAGAACUUAGCUACCUUCCUGAGAAGAACGAGCAAACGGCUGGAUUACCUCAGCUUAAAAGGAGCAAGAGUAACCUUGGAAGGCGGCUGUGAGCUUCUGAAGUCUCUGAGCUGCUUGACGAAGCAAAGCUUUCUCUCGGAAAUCAACCUUGAGGAUUUCUUCAGUCUCCACCUUCCUGUCUACAACAGCCCCGCGUUCCACCAGACUAUGUCCAAGUUCCGCAGCCUGGUCACCCUGACUUUCAAUUAUCACUGCAUCUCUGAUGAACUGCUGGACGCCCUGCGGGAGCACAGCGCUCAUUCCCUGUGCACCUUGAAUAUUAAAUGUCGUAUCAAUGAGCCUCACGGGCAAGUGGUGGCAGGAAUGGCGUGGGCAAACUUGGCCACGAGAGCCCCAAAACUUCACGUGAACUUCUUCUGUGAAAGAGUCCUGAAGCAUGAUCACCUAGCCAGGAUCCUGCUAGUGGAGAUCCCAGUCAGGAGCAUCAGCCUACGGAGCUGCUCUUUCAGUCACCCAGACUGGAUAAUGAGACCUACCCUCACCGACCUCCUCCCAGCCUACAGGCACGUGCUGCAGGAAUUAACACUUGAAUUAAACAAUGACCAGGAGCUGCUGGAUGAUGAGCUGCUACAGCUCAUCUUAUCAUGCCAGAGACUGUCAUUGCUGGAGGUCUGGGCAUUUUUAAGCAUCACCUUUAUGGAGAGGCUGCUACAAAACCGUGCAGAAAGGAAAUGCAUUUUGACUACCAUCAAGGUCAGGAUUUACAUAGCUCGACAAGAGACCGACGAAGAGGAUCGGCUGUUGUGCGAUAUUUACAGGAAGUUCAAAUCCCUGAUUGACUCAGAGCUGAAUUAUUCUGCCCUCACCUACCCAAUGGCUUAA